AUGUAGCCACAACAAUUUUUAGACUUAGUGCAAUGUGCCUUCUUUGAUAGCAACAAUCAGCGUGGAUAGGCUGAACAAGUACUCCUGAAGUAUAAGGAUGAAUGCACAGACGAAUUUCUUAUGUAUUGUGCAUCUGCAUUUGCAAAUCGCGCAAUUCAGAGUCGUCUCCGUAUUGCAUGCAGUACCUUAGUAAAACGAUUGGUUGGAUUAAUUGUAUGUUUUCUAGUUAAUCUAUUUAAGCAUCCUUCAAAUUAGGUCAUGUGGUUGGCUUGUUCUUAAAACACUAAAAAUGAAGUAAAAAUUAAGUUCAUGGACUAAUUAAUUGAUCCUGAACAUGAGAUUAGAAGAUCAGCUGCUAAUGUAAUAAAUCAAUUCUAUGCUCUAGACUAUCAGUGAGAUUUGUGCUAUAGAGUUACCACGCUAGGAAUGGCCAGAUCUUAUCUAAAGAUUGACUACCAACUCAAAACACAGUAAUGUCUUAGUAAAGGUCUCAGCCAUCAUGACUUUGGGAUAUAUAUGCGAAUCACUAGUAUAUAGGUAUAUAAUAUAUAGAAAACCCACCAAUCUUCAGGUAUUUCAGAGCAAGAUGCAAAGGUGAUUCUGAUGGGAAUUUGCGUAGGAAUGGAUACGAAUGAGUAGAACCUGGAGAUUAGAAUCACUGCAAUCAAAGCACUAUAAGAUUCACUAUACUUUAUGAAUAAUCUGUUCACUCAAUAAGUAAGAUUGUAAUAUUCUAUUGUAGGAAAUAUUUACUUUUGUUAAAAACUUAAUUUUAUAAAAUGCAGUGUCAAACAUAUAAGAGAUAAAACUUAAGUCUCUACAAUGUCUGAUUGAUUAUGUUAAACAGUUGUUUGCUUUCUUGCCUGUAUUUAUUUCGGAACUCUAUUAAACUACUUAACCAGCAUUUGAGAAUUAGGGCGAGAUCACUAUUGCAGCAAUAGAAAUUUGGAAUACAAUUUGUGCUGAAAUUAAAGAGAUCGUCUCUGAGAACACUAACCAAUAAACUCCAGAAACCAAUUCUGUUGAUUGCUGUGUUUCAUUUUUUAAGAAGAAUUAUGAAGGAUUUAUCAUUCCAUUUAUGCGCAAUCUGUUAUUGGAUGAUGGAGAUGCAGAAGAUGAAUAUCAGUAAUUGUCGGUUUCAAAUUCUUCAAGUAAAGGACUAGCCUACAUAAUUGAAUUUGCUGGCAGUAAUACUUAUGACUCUGUUAAAAAUUUUAUAUAAAAUACUAUUACACACUAACAAUGGGAAUAUAGAAAGGCAAGCGUUAUGGCUUUUGGAGCUUUGGCUGAAGUAUAAACUUAAGAAAUUGGGCUUCUAAUUAAAUCUGCUUUAACUAGUCUAUUUGGUUGUCUUGUUGAUUAAAAUAUCAAAGUAAAAAAGGCCACUACGCAAACUCUAAGUAGAAUAGCUGAAAAUUAUCCACAGUGCUUUCAUGAACAUGAUUAAUCUAACCAAAUGCUUAUCACUCUCCUAGAUUAAUUAUCUAAUAAAAUACCAAUAGUUCAAAAUUUGGUUUGGGUGUUUGUUUACUUAACUGAAGGACUAGCCAACUUUCAAAAUAGUGUAUUCACCCAAGAGAAAUUCACCAUUCUCUAACAUUUAGCCAGUACAUCAAUUAGAUCAGACAUCAAAAAUUCAGAGAUUGCACUCAUUGAUACUGCAUUUAUGGCAAUUUUAAAUAUCAUUUACAGUGUGACUGAAACUAAGUUAUGUAAUGAUUACUUGGUGCAAUUUUAUCAAUAAAUUCAGUUCCUAGAGAGCAGCAAUUCGGCUCCUGUAGAAAUCAAAUAUCAUCUUGAAAUGGGGUUAAUGAGUGCAAUGCAUGGAUGUGUUGUUAGGUUGGAUGAUUCUACAACCACGGAGAAGUAAUUUGAAGACAUCAUGAAAACUCUAUCAAAAGUGGAUUCUAGGGUUAAGAAUGAUUACUUUUAUGUACUUUCUGGGAUCGCUUAUGCUUUUAAAAAGAAAUUAACUAAAUAUUCUACUUAAAUCAUCUCUGAAUUGAAUAAACCGCUUUCAGAACCAGAUGACAUAGAGAGUUUCAAAACUGCACUCUUCUGUUUAUCUGACAUUGCCAGAGCCAUGGAAGAGGAGUUUGUACCCUAUAUGAAUAUUUUAAAUUAUUUCUUUGGAUUAAUAAAGGUAAUGCACUUAUCCUAUAUUUUAAUUAGAAUGGCAAUUUCAAUAGGGAGUUGAAAAUCUAAGUUUAUAAUGCAAUUGCAGACAUCAUAUUAGGUUUGAAAGAUAAGUCAGCUCCUUUUAUGAAUGAUCUCAAAGAAAUUCUUAAAUUAGGUUUCGCCGCUAGCAUAGAUUUAACAAAGAGCAAACUCAGUGUUGACCAGGAUUAUGCUGAAAGAUUGAAAGAAACAAUGACAGCAUUCUAUACUUGUAUGUUACACGCAUAUUGUGAUCCCAAAACUCCUAUUUUUGAGUUGGGAGACACAGUUUAAUGGUUUAUCAUAUUUUGUUAGGAAAUGUGCAACUUAAAAUUAAAACCUACAAUUGUAAAUAUAUUAAAUAUCAAUUAGGAAUAUGUAAGACUGACUCUUUGUUGCAUCUUUGAUUGCUCUCAUUUCUUUUAAAAUAUACCUGACAUGAAAUAAAAAAUCAAAGAGUUUAUUACAAGUGAUUUUGUUAUUGAGUUAAUACGAAAACUGAGUUAGUAUAAUGACAAAGAUUAUCAAGACUGUGUAAGUUUUGCUCAGCAAUUACUCAAUGAUGUAUAUGGUUACUAAUUGAAAUUAUAUUGA